ACUGUUCGGCCGCCAUGUUGAUUCUACACAAAUUUCAGCUUGACUGCGUCGUUGCGUGAAAAAUUGUAAAAUAUCGCCAGCAAAGUGCAUAUAACCACAUAAAAAUAUAAUAAAAGUGAUAAUAAAUGAACAAUCCACCACGUAAUCAAUAAUUCAACGUUGCAAGUACGUGAAAAGUACGUGUUUUUGGCAUCUGCAAGUGGGCAACGAAAUUCUGUCGCUCUUUGCCUCCGCGUCGCCAUUGGUGUAUUGGUGUGUGCGCAUUGGCAGUGUGUGGGUGCAUAUCCGUGUGUAAUUUUUUCUGCCCAUAUGCAAAACAACGCUGGCAAAGGACCCCCAACACGAACAGCAAGAGCCGUUUGAAACCGAGUUAUGAGUGUCGCUGCAAUGACUAUGGACGAUCAGAGACCCCUGAUGAACAGUUACGACAAAAUGUCGACAGCCAAAUACGAGCAAAACAUAAACCUUAUUAGCAGUGGCGCCAGCAGUGGCAUCAGCGCGGGAGGUGUUGGUGGAGGGGGCGUGCCGCCCUCUGGCCCGGCCUCGCCGACACCCUCCGGGUCCGAGGAGUCGCACCACCAUCCGCAUCAUCCGCACCACUCGCACCACCACCAGCACCACACCCCCAACCAGGAGCAACAGCGCCAACAACUGCAGCAGCAAGAACAACAGCAUGCCGCUGUUGCCGAGGCUGUUGCAGCCGCCGAACAGCGCCAGCGUCUGCUCGAAGAUGAGAUCGAGACCCUCAAGGUGGAGCAGGUGCGCAUGGGGCAGAUCUGUGCCGAUGCCCAGCGUCGCGAGAAGAUCCUUAUGCGGCGGCUGGCCAACAAGGAGCAGGAGUUUCAGGACUAUGUGAGCCAAAUUGCCGAAUAUAAGGCACAGCAGGCACCGACGGCCCUUGCGUUGCGCACCGCUCUGCUGGAUCCAGCCGUUAAUCUGCUCUUUGAGCGACUCAAAAAGGAGCUUAAGGCCACCAAGACCAAGCUGGAGGAGACUCAGAACGAGUUGUCGGCCUGGAAGUUCACACCGGACUCCAACACAGGCAAGAGGCUGAUGGCCAAAUGCCGACUGCUCUACCAGGAGAACGAGGAGCUGGGCAAGAUGACAUCGAACGGAAGGCUGGCGAAGCUAGAGACUGAAUUGGCCAUGCAGAAAAGCUUCAGCGAGGAGGUGAAGAAAUCGCAAUCGGAGCUGGAUGACUUUCUGCAAGAGCUCGACGAGGAUGUGGAGGGCAUGCAGAGCACCAUAUUGUUUCUGCAGCAGGAACUUAAGACAACACGCGAUCGCAUCCAAACGCUGGAGAAGGACAACGCUCAGCUGAAGCAGGCCCACACAAAGGACGAGACUGUUGCGUUGCCACCGCCCACAACAAACGGCACCAACAACAUGUCGCCGCCACAGACGCCGAAUCCCGCAACGAUGGGAAAACUAGAGACGAUCGAUGAGAACGCCACCCUGGAAAGCAAAGUCACAAAUCCCGACUAUCUGAACGGGGAGACCAAAGGCGUUAAAAGCAACGAACAAAUAUUGCCUAUUUCCGUAGAGCAUAUUCUACCCGAUGAUGUGAGCAAUAGCAAUAGCAACGGCAACGGUAAUGGCAGUGGCAAUGCGGCGCGUUUGGCGCGCAAGAGGAACUACGAAGAGGAGACGACCAAAACCGUGGUAACACCGAACCCUGUGAGCUACAAUGUAGAGGAAUUGAUCACAGUGAGAGAAGUGAGUGCUCCGAGAACACUGCCGCCCAAGAAGUCCAAGCUGCGAGGCAUGCCGACGCGACGCAGCUCCCAGUUGGAGGAUGAGUUACAAGCAGCAGGAGGAGUAGGUACGGUAGCAGCGGUGGCAAUUACAGUGCCAACGCCGGUGAUCUUGGAAAAUAAUGCUGUUGCUGUAAUAGCCGCCACCGAGGAGGCGUCAGCAGCAUCAGUUGUGUCAGCGGUUGUACCGCCAACAUUAGCGAACGUUGUGGAAUCUGGAGCGGUAUGCCCUGAGCCUACUGAAGCGGGAGUUGUGGCGUCACCUGCUCGCAUAUUGACGCGACGUCGGUCCGUGCGCAUGCAGCAGAACGGAGGCGGUGCCGUGGACUACUCGACCUAAGCGACAGCAGGCCUUUUUGAAAAGGGUCACGCGCACUUUAUGAUUUUUUCGUCAUAUUAAUCGUUAAUUCCUGACGUUUCAUUUUCGUGAAUUGAGAUUUCCAAACAGAGAGAGACUUCUUAAGAGUAAUUAUGCUAUUACAUAUAAUUUACUGUAUUCGAUUAAUUUGUUUUUACACAUGUCUUGUAAAAUACGUUUAGCAUUGUGUUUGCAUUCACCAUAUAGGCAUAAUUGCACAGAAGUCCCUGAUAUAAAUACAUAUGAUCUACUGCUAUAUAAAAUAUGUAUUUAAACAUAAGAAAGUGAGAGUGUAUCGCACAUAUGAACGAGCUAAAGGAAAAAGCGAUAAACGAUUACAUAUUGAAUCAGCUGAAUGAAAUCUUGCACAUAACAAGACUCGUCAUCUAGCUAAAUUAGAUUUUAAUUACUAGCGUAAGUCUUUUUGUAAUGCAAUGAAAGUUCUGUAAAAUAAUAUAAAACUUGUGUUAAAAUAAAUUGUUAAGCAUAACGAAAA